AGUCCCCUUUAAGCACCACACAGAUUCACAUUCUGCGACAAACAAAUACCCAAUUAUAUUCUACUCUCUGCAUUUGUGGCUGUAACUGCGACCAGAUUCAGUGGAGUAAAGCUUGAGUUUGAGCAACAAUGGCGACUACAAGAGUAAUGGCCGCAGCCACAAGCACAAGCUGUACUUUAAUCUUGAAACGUCCUCCUUCUUUUCACUCUGUUAAACGAUCUCUUUCUUUCACUCCAACUCUCUCUAGAAAGCUCUUUACUUGUCGCGCUAUUCAUAGACCUGAAGAUGUUGUUUCUAAAGAGCAUGGUCAGCCUGAAACCCUUGAUUAUCGUGUCUUUUUUGAAGAUAAUUCUGGCAAAAAAGUUUCCCCAUGGCAUGAUAUCCCUUUGCAAUUGGGAGAUGGUGUUUUUAAUUUUGUGGUUGAAAUACCGAAAGAGUCAAGUGCCAAGAUGGAGGUUGCUACUGAUGAACUUUACACUCCCAUAAAACAAGAUACAAAGAAGGGAAAACUUCGAUAUUAUCCGUACAAUAUUAAUUGGAAUUAUGGCCUAUUGCCGCAAACAUGGGAAGACCCAUCACAUGCCAACUCUGACGUAGAAGGUGCAUUCGGAGACAAUGAUCCUGUCGACGUAGUUGAAAUCGGUGAAAAGCAGCGGAAGAUCGGAGAGAUUCUGAAAGUCAAGCCUCUUGGUGCUUUGGCCAUGAUUGAUGAGGGUGAACUGGACUGGAAAAUAAUUGCAAUUUCAUUGGAUGAUCCAAAAGCUUCUCUUGUGAAUGACGUUGAGGAUGUGGAGAAGCAUUUCCCUGGAACUUUAACAGCAAUCAGGGACUGGUUUAGAGAUUACAAGAUCCCUGAUGGAAAACCAGCUAACAAGUUUGGUCUUGGCAACAAGGCAGCAAACAAGGAUUAUGCCCUCAAGGUCAUCACCGAGACUAAUGAGUCGUGGGCUAAACUUGUCAAGCGUAACAUUGGUGCCGGGGAGCUAUCCCUAGUGUGAGACUAUGCUGUUGCGAUGAUGCUGCAUUUAUUGGUUGUGCUCUUUUCAGCGUGUUCCGCUGCUGAGUUCUUGCCACUAUUGAACGUUAUUUAGAUUUUCCAAGACUGCGAGUUUCAAUCGCAUUUUUUAAUCUUUGUGAAACUGAAAUUUCAUUUUGUAAGCUAUCCUAUUCAUUGUUUCUUGAUGUGUGAAUUGUGAUCAUGAACUUAUGAAUCUCAUCUUUUUGUACAAUGGUUGGAUACUUAGAUGUAAUUGAAGCAAAUCAUUCUCUUUUA